UCGGAUUUGAAAUUUAUCUAUAUUUCAGGCACACUUUUUGUCGCGUAUUGAACGCGCUCUCGACUUAUGCCGUGAACAACUGCGAACACAGACCACUGAUCCUAUUAGCUUCGAUCGCGUUCUGCUCGGGGUGACGACUCCGGCAUCUCCAAUCCGAGCUGCCUUGCUGGUAUACGGUGAUCUGGUCUAUGAAGCUGAACUAAAGGCUCCCAGACCGAAUGGGACUGCGUAUUCCGCAGUAAUAAAGGACAAUUCGGGGACUCCCUACAAACUACAACAAGUCCAAGAUUGUCACAAUUACGUUCUAACGUCACUAAAUACACUACGAUCUGCAAUCGAAACUGGCGAAGUUGAUCAGCUGGCCACUGACCGAGAUUUUCUCAGAAAUUUAUUCAACGGAAUUCGGGACGCUAUUGGUUCUCUCACUCACCCCCCGCGCAAGACCGUUGAGGAACAUAUGAGCAAUCCAAGUCGGAAAUGCUUCUAUCCACCGAUUCCAAAAGAUGUGGUAUUGAGUUUUUUCCUCCGCGGUUCGAUCAUAGUAUUCGCAGCCUAUGCGUUAACCUACAACGGCCACGAUAAGCGUUGGGAGAUCUCUGGUCGCCUGAGUGUGGAAGCUACGUUACCUCGCCUACAGAAAGUCAUGCGCCUGCUCUAUAUAGCGCUCGAUACGGCGUCCCACCUGAUGGACCGAGUUGGUAUGCCCAGGUGAUAAGAAAAUUCCAUGCGGAUGGGACCGCUCACUUUCUGUGAUAUGCUUGUAAUCAGUCGAGUUUUUUUUAAUUUCCUCUUCUGUAUCCCACUAAAUCAUUCAAGGUUUAUUGGUGCGCCCUUUACAGUCAUUUAUUAAUGUUGUUCCUCUGUUUGUCUCUGCUUCGUCGUUCGUCAACCUAUGCAUAAUUUAUUUUGUACGUAUCUCCUGAAAAAGUGAAGAAGAAGCAGCGUCGUUUUCUUACAAUAAUUUUUUAUUCUAACUCCCUGGAAAGAAACCGUGGGUUAUUCAAGUGCACCUUAAUCGGCAUUUUGGUAGCAGGUUAUUUCUCAGGGUUGCGAAUUUCGUUUCCACCUGUGAAAAGCAGAGCACAGCAUUUGAGUCAAGGAUACGACUGGUGGCAGAUAAUUAGUCAGUUAGACGGGCUAUUCUCCAUAGGCAUUUUGUCAGUCUUUUUAGCUGAAGAC